AUGGCGAAAGACCGGAAGCCAAACAUCACGAAAGGAAGUUGGGUGGAAGAACGAAAGAAGCCCAAACGCCAUGGGAAGGUCUUAAAGGCUGAUAGAGUUGACGGUACCAAGCACCACUGGCUCGUUGAAUUUGAACAACCUGACGGGUCAAAAAAAAAAGAAGUGAAAUCAUCCGCACAGUUAACUCGAUCGGAACUCCAAGGCCCCACUGUACAACAAACAAGCGAACCGACAGAAGCACCAGCAGAGGCACCAGCAGAGGCACCAGCAGAGGCACCAGCAGAAGCUCCAGUUAUCCCAAGGGAAAUGGCUUUUGAAUCCAAUGCCAAGGAAAACCAACCUGAUUCUACAUCCAGUGGCAAGGUCGAGACGCCCCCCAGACCCAAAAGGAAGGCAGCAAUGAAUCACAAAGUUAUCAACACACCAAGAAAGCCAACCGAUUUGGAUUCUUCCUCUUCCUCUGCCAGUGAUGCUUCGGAUUCAAGCUCGGGCAGCAGCAGUGAUGAAACGGAUGACGCAUCUUUGGCUCCCAGUCUGGCUUCAGCCUCGGCCUCGUCUGCCAACACCAGCCAUGACCAAGUGCCAGAAUACAAUUGGCAGCUGCAUCUCCAGCAAAUGCAAAUCCGUCAACCACAUUUAGAAUCAGAUUCCGAAUCCGACGAGGAUGCUUUCGCUGUAGUCGAUGACGAGAGUGAGGCAUCGGAGGAUGAAGUGCAAGCUUCCACCCCAGCACCAGCACCAGCGGCCACGGAUAAUACCAGUGUUUCCUCGAAUCCUGGAAUGUACUUCCCGAAUGAUCCGUUCGAGGAUGUUGAGCCAUCCGAUGAGCGAGACUUCGAAAAAGAAGAAGAGCAUCGGUUGAAAAUGGAGAUCUACAAGGCAGAGAAGCAAGCUCUGCUUGAUGAAGAGUGGUCCGUCUCCUUGCAACCAGAAAAGCCUCCUCUCACUAUCGGCGCAAUCGUCGACACCAGAGGGAAGAACCCAAAGCGUGGCGUGAUAGUUGAUCAAAAGCCAGACAAGAGCAAAUGGAUUAUUCGAUUCAACAACAGCCAACGUCUUGUGGAGCUAAGCAGUCAAUCGCUGGUCCAAGUGUGGGAAGUAGACUCGUACACUUGGAAGAUUGUGAAGGAUUCGGUGCCAGAUGAUGACACAGAGGUUGAAGACUACGACGUAAUUGGACUCUGCGGCUUUGAUUUCAAACAGUUCUCCAGGGAAGUCCUCGAACCAACCAUUGAUACUGUGGAUUAUGGGUUCCCGUAUCUGAAGCUACUACAAACUCUGUGGCCCGGUGAUGUGAAGCGCCAGAUAGCGUUGAUGAACAAGCAAAUUGAUGUUGAGAACGAGGGAAGGAAGAAGAAAAAGGCAAAGCAACUGAUCAACCAUGUGACGGCGCAUGAGUUUUGGAAAUUCGUUGGCGUUCUCACUUCGGCUGGAGCUUUUCGCAUUGGUGGGCAUCAGCUUUGGGAGAAUGAAAAUAAACGAACAUUUUGGACAAUGACCGAUCCCAUCAACCUUGGAGUCCAUGGGCAGCAAAUAAUGCCCUUCUAUCGAUUCAAAGACCUCAGGUCUGUCUUUCCAUAUGCUUUCCAAGAUUUGACUGCAAAGGAAAAUGGCGAUCCUUGGUAUAUGAGUGGAUGGCAGAACAAGAUUUUGCCUACGUCGGAGCAUUGA